GGCACUAUUUAUAUAUGUUGUACAUACACGUAUGUACAUACAUAUGGUUUACAAUUGCAAUAAAGACGUAACUGAGAUUUAAAUGAAUAACUCUUAUUUCAUUUUAAAUGCAAAAAUACUAAUUUGUGAAACAAAUUUGUUGUAUAUGACAACAUGAAUUAAUAGAGCGCAAUAGCAUUUAUAUUAAGCGAGGCUGUAAUGAUUUAAUCUAUAUACUAAGACUAUGAAUCUUACUAUUUUCAAUGAAAAUGAUGAUGUUCUACUAGUAGGUGAAGGCAAUUUUUCAUUCUCUGUUGCACUAUUCCACCUAAAUUUAAAAGUUAACAUCAUGGCUACAUGUUAUGAAAGUAAUAUCAGUCAGGAUCUUGGAAAGAAAAACAUAGAAUAUUUAAAAAAUAAUGGAAUUCGUGUGUUAUUAGGUGUUGAUGCAACAAACUUGAAACAACAUCCAAUACUAAAAACAGAAUUAUUUGAUAAAAUUAUUUUUAACUUUCCCCAUGUUGGAGGUAAAAUGCGAAUAGAAAAAAAUAGAGAAUUAUUAAGACAAUUCUUUAUAAGUGCAUCAGAAUCAUUAAAAAAUAAUGGACAAAUAUUAGUUACUCUUUGCAAUGGUCAAGGUGGUACACUUAUUGACAAUCCACCAAGGCGGUGGGAUGAUUCAUGGAAAAUCAUAGAAAUGGCAGCCUAUGGAAAUUUUAUUUUAAGAUCAGUUGAACCAUUUGCAUGGUCAUCUUUUCAAAAUUAUAUAGUUACUGGAUAUCGUAGUUUGGAUAAACAAUUUCAUUCUUCUGGAGCUUUAACACAUAUAUUUACUAAAUCUGAAUCUCCAAAUGUACAAAAUAUUUCUCCUAAAAAGAAGCUAAAUAUUGCUCACUGUAAUAGCAGUAACUUUUCAUGGAAAAAUAUAAGACAAAUUAUUAAUAAGUACAUUUUUAAAUCAUUAUGUACAUCCAAAUGGUUUCAAAAUCAAGAUACUGUUCCUAAAGCUUUACGAAAUAUAAAACCAAAAUCACAAAGAGAUACAGAAAGAAGUGUUCUUGACAUAAAGCAUAUAAGAGCAAUUGGGGGAAAAGGUGGAGAUGGGAGUAUAUCAUUUUUGCAAUUAUUUUCAAAUGAAUUUGCUGGGCCUGAUGGUGGGGAUGGCGGAAACGGUGGUCACGUAAUUCUUCAGGCAUCAAUCAAUGUUAAAGAUCUUUCACAUAUAAAUAGUGUACUUAAAGCUGAAGAUGGAGAAAAAGGACAGAGUAAAGACUGUUUCGGUAAAAAUGCCGAACACAGUAUAGUACACGUACCAAUAGGUACUAUAAUACGCAAUCUAGAAGGAAAAAUAAUAGCUGAUUUAAAUCAAGAAGGAAUGAUGUUUAUUGCUGCGAGGGGAGGUGCCGGUGGUCAUGGAAAUGCAUAUUUUAAGUCUGAUGUACAACAAACACCAUGUAUAAGUGAAUAUGGAGCAGAAGGAGAAGCAAUGCAAUACGUAGUAGAAAUAAGUAGCAUGGCACAUGUAGGAUUAAUUGGUCUACCGAAUGCAGGUAAAAGUACAUUAUUAAGAGCCAUAUCUAGAGCUAGACCAAAAGUAGCAGCAUAUCCAUUCACAACAUUGAGACCUCAUUUAGGGACCGUAUUAUAUGAUGAUUAUGAGCAAAUUGCAGUGGCUGAUUUGCCGGGAAUUAUAUCCGAUUCUCACAAGAAUAGAGGUCUCGGUAUACAAUUUCUUAAACAUAUAGAACGUUGCAGAAUUUUAUUAUUCAUUUUGGAUACUACUUCGAAUGAUCCGUGGAAGGAUUAUGAAACAUUAAAAUAUGAAAUUACACAUUUUAAUGUAAAAUUAACUAACAGAUCAAUGCUGAUUGUUGCAAAUAAGAUGGAUUUACCAGAAGCUACGGAAAAUUUUAAAUUACUCAAAGAAAAAAUUGAUUUACCAAUUAUUCCAGUUUCUGCUAAGAAGGGUACAAAUAUAUCUCUUUUGUUAAGGGAGAUAAGAAUAUUAUAUGAUAAGGACAAUAAACAAAAAGAAGAAUCGAAUGUUCUGUAACAAAAAACUGUACUGAUUAAUAAUGUAUAUUCGUAAUAAUAAAAAUGUAUAAAACUCA